CGGAAUAUCAUAAGACAUGAAGAAAAAAUCUUAUUUCAGUCUAAUUAUGGGCUUACAAUUAGUUGUGCUGAUUAAUAGCAAAAGAUUAAGAAUAGUUGAAGGCGAAUAUGCAUUACCUGGGCAAUUUCCACAUCAAGUUUCGAUCCAAGCUAUGACUCUUGAUAAUUGCACUCAACACGUUUGCGGUGGUAGUAUAAUCGACGAACGGCACAUCUUAACGGCAUCCCACUGCGUUACCGAAGAGCUUUUCCGCGAAUUCCUCGAUAUACCGUGGACUAUAGUCGCGGGAACAGUCGAUUUAAAAGAUCGCAGCUCAGGUGUGUAUCGGGACGUCGAAACCAUUUUCAUACCAAAUUCCUAUAUUUUCAAUGACUACGGAGAUUACAACGACGAUAUAGCCAUUUUAAAACUGAGAGAAGCCUUACCUCUUGGCUUUCAUGAUUAUUUGAAUGCUGUUAAUUUACCGGAUUCUAAUCAAUAUUUACCACCGGACAAUCGAACAGCUGUCAUAUCCGGAUUCGGAGCUUAUAAUCAAACCGCUCUUGCAAAUGGCACUUUAGUUACGGGACCUAUGAGUCAAUUUUUACGAUUCGUUCAUGGUAUGAUAAAUGUUGACAAUCAGGAAGAUUGCCUCGACUCAGAGAUAUGCGUCCGAUCCCCGAGACAUCAAGAAGGAGACUGCUAUGGCGACAGUGGCGGUCCUCUCUACGACGAAGACAACAAUACCCUGAUCGGCAUCGUCAGUCACUCCGAUCAUGAAUCUUGCGGAGACACAUCGAAAUAUACGAGAGUUUCAGCUCAUUUGGACUUUAUUUAUAACGUAUUAACUGAAAACAUUGAUGACACUAUUCUUUGGCACUGGCGAUCGCACAAACAUUCAUUGGAAUAUCCAAAGCUGACUGUUUGUGACAUAUGAUUAAAUAGUAUUAAAGCUGAAACCUUAUAUUUUUGCAACUAUUUCUAUUGGUUAU